AUGCCGCGUGGCAACGACAUCUCCAAUGUGGAACGAAAUUUCGUUCUAGAUUCUCUGGCACAAGGUCUUCGCGUCGAUGGGCGAGGUAUUCACGACUUUCGGAAGAUCAAUGUCAACUUUGGAACUGAGUAUGGGAGCGCAACGGUGACGUUGGGCAAGACCAGAAUAUUGAUCCAAAUCUCGGCUGAAGUCACCAAACCGUUGGAAGACAGGAAAUUCGAUGGCGUCUUCACCAUUAACACAGAGCUGAGCCCGAUAGCAUCAGCCAGCUUUGAUGUCGGACGGCCAUCGGAACAAGAAGUCAUCCUUGGCCGCAUCCUAGAGAAGGCAAUCAGACAAUCACGAGCUAUCGAUACGGAAGCAUUGUGCAUUAUAUCGGGCGCCAAGUGCUGGUCGAUUCGGGCAGAUGUACAUGUACUGGAUGCUGACGGAGGCCUGAUCGAUGCGUCGUGUAUCGGCAUCAUGGCGGCUCUACGACACUUCCGCCGCCCUGAGGUGGCAGUCAACGGCGAGGAUGUGACCAUCUACACUAUUGCUGAACGCACGCCCGUACCCUUGAGCAUCAUGCAUAAUCCGGUCUGCCUCACGUUCAGCUUUUACCACAGCGGAGAUAGUGUGGUGCUUGAUGCGGAUGGCAGGGAAGAGCAGUGUAGUGAGGCGGAGAUGAUCUUGACUGCGAACGAUUUCGAGCUUUGUCAAAUCGCUAAGCUGGGUGGUGUAUCGGUUGAGCCAACUGAGAUGCUCAAGUUGAGCAUGCUAGCACUCACGAAGGCCAAGGAGAUCAAUGCCAUGAUUUCGCAGAAGUUGGCUGAAGACACUACGAAGCGCGAUGUGGCAGGGUUAAUAGGCGAACUGAGUGCAGAGAACGAGCGAUGA